CCUAUUAUUGUUCUGAAAUGACAAGAGAAUUAACACCAACGAGCAAGCCUCGCGGUAUUUAGUGGUGAAUUCCCGCGAGAGUUGGGGGAUUUCGGACAGCGAAGAGGGCGAAAUGGAGAAAUGAGGUCUGAAAAGGAGCAGAGGGCUGGAAGCAGGGAGAGAGGCAGCGUCGAGAUCCAGUUCAGGGACUGUCAGAGGGAGCAGGACAACGUUACGGUGAACCCGAAGCACAAGGAGGAGAAAAAGGAGAUCUUCUCCAAGGUUGUCAUACGCCGACUGCCACCCAGUCUAUCAAAAGACCAGCUCGAGGAGCAUCUGAGUCCUCUUCCAUCUUUUGACUAUUUUGAGUUCUUCCCAGCUGAUCAGAGCUUAUAUCCGCAUCUCUUCUCAAGAGCGUACAUCAACUUCAAAAACCCAGAGGAUAUCAUUAUUUUCAGAGAUCGUUUUGAUGGCUAUGUAUUCAUUGACAAUAAAGGCCAAGAGUAUCCAGCUGUUGUAGAAUUUGCCCCAUUUCAGAAGGUUUCCAAGAAAAAGUUAAAGAAGAAAGAUGCUAAAGCUGGAACGAUUGAAGAAGACCCAGAAUACAGGCGAUUUCUGGAAAACUACUCUUGUGAUGAAGAGAAAUCCAUGGCCAACCCAGAAACACUAUUGGGAGAGAUUGAAGCUAAAACCCGAGAGCUUAUAGCCAAAAGGACGACACCCUUGUUGGAAUACAUCAAAAACAAGAAAUUAGAGAAACAGAGAAUAAGAGAGGAAAAAAGAGAGGAGAGGCGUAGGAGAGAGCUGGAAAAGAAGCGGCAAAGAGAGGAGGAGAAGAGGAAACGCAGAGAGGAAGAGAGACGAAAGCGGAAGGAGGCCGAAAAGCAGAAGAAACUCUCUGAAAAAGAGAUUAAGAUCAAGCUUUUGAAGAAGUGUGACCGUGACGAUGAUGUGGACUCAGAGAGACUGAAAGAUAAAGGAGACAGCGGAGAGAUGGAAAAGAACAGAUGGGAAAAGCCGGCAGGUCACACUAAGUCAAAGGAUUCGAAGGAUAACAGGAGUCAAAUCGAGAGUGACAAGGAGCAGCGGGAAGGUCACGGCCGUCGGCAGAGGGACAAAGAGCAUCGCGGCAGAGACGAGGAACGUAAGCGUCAGAGGCAUCACUACGAGUUUGACAAGUUCAUGCGACGCAAGGAGGAGACCAAAUGGGGCAAAGGCUACUGCCAGGACAGGGCCAAGAAAGAACAACAUCAUGCCUAUUCCUACUGCCCAGAGACUGGAGACAAGCUGGGAAAAGAGGACAGAGAGGACAUGGGCAGCAGGAAAGAACGGAUUCGCAAUAAGUCUGUGUUAGCGCAUCAGGAGAAAAGGACUUCCCAGUCUGAGGGGCCAGACCAGAUAGGAGGGGCUCUGCCAGCAAAGGACCGACCAGCGAUGCAGCUGUACCAACCCGGGGCUAGAAACCGCAAGCGCACGGGCUCCGGCAACAAGGCCUUUGACUUCUCGCCGAUCUCCCCCGAUCACGGAGGAGAACUUUGCUACAAGACAGUCAUUGGUACAGGCUCAGAAAAGAGUGCUGACGAGUGAAAAAAAAAAUACCAUGACAGGAAGAUGUUAUGCCACUAUAGGAAGAACGCUGAACUUCAACCUUGUUGUUUUGUCUUCUGAGUCAUCUGUGAGUAUAGUGCAUCGAAAUCACCGCUUAAUAUUUUAUACACAAAGUCAACAGUGUCAUAAAUGUAAAAUGAUCCACUUCAUUGAUACAAAUACCUCAUUAUUGACAGAGAUCAGAUUUGUAUGCCUUUUGUAGUGUAAUAAAUUGAUUCCAUUAAACAAGAUAUAUAUAUAUAUAUAUAUAUAUAUAGAGAGAGAGAGAGAUUUUACUGUAAAGAAAAUCAGUGUGUUGUGAAAUCUGUAUUUUAAAUAAAUGUAAUGUGGGAUGGGGAACAGAGACAUAUUUUUUUUCUUUAUGGAUAUAUUAAAUGCUACAUUGUAUUAAUGAAACAUUUAAGCAUGUAACUCUUAAUUUCACAUUUUCACACUGUAAUGCCUUUGAAUGAUGCCUCUAUUGUCCCUGAUGUAUAGACGUUCUGGCUUUUCUGCUUUAACAAAUGCAUCUCUCACAACAGGAUAUAGCAAAUUUCUUAGUAUUGUUUCACCUGCGGGCCAAGAAGAACAAUUUUUUUUUUGUUAAAACUGUGUUCAAUUAGGUCAAAUAAGAUGUUGUUUUGUGAUAUUUCUUAUCAGUGUGCAUGUUUUUGAGAAAUUCAGCGGUGGGAGGCUACAUGGGGUUCACUUGCCUUACCUUUGAUUUGCACUUAAAGAUCCCGUCCGUUAUUAUAUACAAAAAUACAGGUUUUUAGUUAGUAACAGUAAAAUUACUGUUUAGUUAGUAUGGAAGUAAAAUAAUGAUAAAAGUAUUUGAAACAAAAAAGUUUUACUUCCAUAAGUUAGUCCAACAAAAAUGUGAAGUCUGUAGAAUACUUUAAAAAUGUGAUAUUGUAUUUGAUGGAUUGAUCAUUUGUGUACAAUAAAGAUAUAUGAUUAUGUAAAGUAA